AUGGGUAAUUUCACGCCAACCGCACCCUUCGCAUCCAACCCUCUGAGGACAAAAGAUGACCUGGCAAGGUUUUUGGUGGGUAUCCUAGAUCCUUUAGCAGCGCAUACUUCUCCAGGAGGAGCGCGUAUCCACCUCGGACACACGGCCACACAUUACGACGAGGCAGCAGCGCAACUAGAAGGUUUUUCUCGGCCCAUUUGGGGGCUAGCUGCAUUGCUAGGAGGAGGGGGCGACUACGAUGGCACCAAGCGGUGGGUAGACGGGUUCAAGAACGGCACAGAUCCCAAGAGCGAUGAGUUCUGGGGCAACAUGCGCAACAAGGACCAGCGCAUGGUCGAGUGCUCUGCCAUCGGCUUCGCCAUCGCAGUUGCAAAGGAAAAGUUGUGGGACCCACUCAGCGAUGAGACCAAGAGAAACUUUGAGGAUUGGCUGGGAGGCAUGAACGAUAAAGAGAUGCCGAACACCAAUUGGCUAUGGUUCAGGGUAUUUGCGAAUCUCGGUUUGUCUCGCGCAGGUUCUGCCCGCUUUGAUGCGAAACGGAUGAAGGCGGACCUGGACCAUUUGGAUACUUUCUAUAUUGGUGACGGGUGGUCCAGAGACGGUCCGGAGGGUGUAAUCCAACUCGACUACUAUUCGUCGUCCUUUGCUAUCCAGUUCGCACAGCUGGCAUACUCAAAGUUAGCACAAGGAGACGACCCCAAAAGAUGUGAAGAAUACCGAAAACGAGCGAGAAAGUUUGCGUUUGAUUUUGUGCACUAUUUCGACGACGAAGGUCGUGCGAUUCCAUUUGGAAGGAGUUUAACAUAUCGAUUCGCGAUGUCAUCCUUCUGGGGUGCUUUGGCCUUCGCAGAUGUCGAUCUCCCUGCGCCAUUGACGUGGGGAGUCAUAAAAGGUUUGCAGCUUCGAAACAUCCGAUACUGGGCGAAGCAACCUGGAGCAUUCUAUCCCGACGGCACAUUGACGAUCGGAUAUGUUUACCCCAAUCAGAGCAUGACCGAGAACUACAACUCUCCUGGAUCGCCAUACUGGUGUUGUAAAUCCUUCGUCACUCUCGCUUUACCGGAAACACACCCAUUCUGGGCAUCAGAGGAAGAACCAUACCCUGAGCCGCUUCGUGGAACAGUGAAAGCCCUUAAUCACCCCCUUCAUAUUACAUCCAACCUUGCAGGACAUACAUAUCUCCUAUCAUCUGGGCAACAAUGUUCAUAUCCGGUGAAGCAGAGUGCAGCAAAGUACGGGAAACUGGCGUACUCUUCGGCAUUCGGCUACAGCGUCCCAGUUGGAAAUGGAACCCUCGAAGAGCUUGGCGGUGAUAGCACGCUGGCGCUGAGUGAUGAUAAUGGCGAAACGUGGAAGUGCCGUCGAGAUACAAGGGAGGCCAGGAUUGAAAAUGGCAAGUGGUUAAGGUCGAUGUGGUAUCCUUGGAAGGAUGUCGAAGUAGAGACCUGGUUGGUCCCUCCGCAUAAGGACACGCCUCUGUGGCACCUGCGGGUGCAUAGAAUCAAAACCGGUCGGGAAUUGACUUCCGCAGAAGGCGGUUUUGCAAUUUAUGGUCAGGGAGAAGAUGGUCGGGCGCUUGAACCUUCGACAGGCGAGGCGUUUGGCACGUUCGAACAAGGGGGAGAGGGUAGAGCUGCUUCUCGGGCAGGCGUUUCCGGCAUUGUCGACCUCGUGGGUGUUGAAAACGGAAGGAAGGGGCGCGCACUCCGCACAGACGCCAACUCAAACUUGAUGGUUGCCCGAGCUGUACUGCCUACUCUUCUGGCAGAGCAUGAAGGAAACGAUCGGAAUAUCUGGCUUGUGACAGGGGUCUUCGCAAUUCCCAGUUUCAAUGAAGAAGUCGGCGCGCGUUCAGGAUGGAUUGAGGAGUGGAAUAAACGCCCAGCUGUCCCUGCGGAAAUAAUGAUUUUGAUUGAGGGAAAAUAA